AUGUCCCAUUCAACGAGUCAGCGCUCAUUUCUCAAAGAUGUUCAGCAACUUUAUCGCACGAUUGAUACCUCGAUUGACGGCCAAGACUUCAUAGUGUCCGUGAAUGAAUUAUACUUUAAGACCCAGCGCAUUCGCAUUUGCUACCUAAGUUUGAACAAGGAACCUUCACCUCCUUCGGUAUUCUACUACAGCGAGUUCCUUGGUAGCUCUGUUUGUCGAGGUGAACUCAGUGAUCUCUACAGCACGCUGUUCGCUGGCGACGUCUUGCCCGCCAUGCAGGUCCACCCUGAAUCCAGACAAACCUCCUCUCUUUGAGGUUGCGGAGGAGAGGUGGAGGAGCACGUCUAUCCGCAACCAGGUUUUCUGCAAUUCCUCACUGUGGCCGCCUUCGUGUCCAAUUGGCUGGUCUGGUUUUCUCGAAUUGAGGCGUACUCGUCAUUGAGCAUUUCUCGACACAAGCCAUGCUUAAUGUGUGAGUCCAUGUUGGGAUUUGUGUUGCUGCCUUGGAGUAUGGGAUGUGGACAGUCGCCACUUAUUGAUCUGUGGUCCCUUUUGUUGGCUUGGAGACUGCUGAACCUCCUUCUCUGUUUGCCACCAACCAAUGGUAAUGACAUCUCACGACAGUUCUUCUCUUUCACCGACUUGGAAUAG